AUGAACAACUUUGGAGGUCCACCAAUGACAUCAACUUCCCAAAACAUCACGCGUUCCGGCAGAAUUGUGGUCCGUUUGAACCCCCCGGAAAUUUGGAACAAAUUGAACGCCGUCGGAAAUGAGAUGCAAGUGGAGACCAUUGGCCGAAGCCUGAGGCCACGGCUGGAGUACGUGGUCGAAGGACUGGAUCCGAACAAGAUAUACUCGAUGCACGUGCACUUUGAGCGAAUGAAUCGCUCCCUCCUGAUGUACGAAGACGGUGUGUGGAACGAGGAGUUUGACGAGCUGAAAGACGUUCCUGCGAAGACCAAUGCGUUUUUCGUGGGAACAGAGACCGGUGCGGACUGGUUGCUGUACGGUAUCGACGCGAGCAGACUCAAGAUUUUCAAGCCGCGGAGACGGGGACCGAACGUGUCGAGGGAAGUACGCGAACAAGAUGCUGCCCGGAUUUUGAGGAACGAACAAACCAUGGUGAGCUUUGUUUGCGAGAGUUAAAAGUGAGGAGCAUGAAAUGUUUCAGAUAAACGUAAGAACCUUGUGCCGAUACGUUCCGGUCUUGGAGAUCUACGAGUUGGCCGGCGCACACAAUUUCCUUUGCCACACUGCCAAAUUCGAUGAGACCAAGUUUGUGGUUGUGACGAAUUAUAAGGUAUUUAUCGCAUUUGAAAGAAGAAGAGGAUCUUAACAGCAUUUUUGCAGAACAAGGAUCUGAUCAAGAUGAAAACCGAUGAAAUUCUCAAACGGACGGCGACCACAAAUCCAGUGUCUUCGGAGCCCGACAUCAAGAAGGAGAGGGCUUCGGAAGCCAGAGGAAGUUCGAAUCAGGGGCAGGAGAACGAGUAUUAUCCGUACAAUUGA